AUGGCCGAACUCAUCGAAAAAGCAAAACGCGCCGCUGGGAAGGCAGCGGUCGAUAACCACUAUCCCAAAGAUGCCAAAUUCGUCGGCAUUGGCAGUGGCUCUACCAUCGCCUACGUUGUUCAGGCCAUUAAGGAGCUGGAAAUUGAUACCUCUGCCACCCUCUAUGUACCGACUGGUUUUCAAUCCAAACAGCUGGUCAUCAAUGCCGGCCUGACGGCUGUGGAAUUUGACGCUAUCCCUGAAGGAACAGUACUCGAUAUCGCAUUCGAUGGUGCAGACGAGGUCGAUGAUGAGCUUAACCUGAUAAAGGGCGGCGGUGCUUGUCUUUUCCAGGAGAAGAUCGUUGCUCUCCAAGCCAAGGAGUUCAUCUGUGUUGCAGAUUCGCGGAAGCUGCAGUCUCGUCUUCUGUCCAGCUGGAAAUACAUUCCCAUCGAAGUUGCGCCGAUAGCUGCUGCGCGAGUGAUUACUGCUCUCAAACAACUGGGCAGCAUUGAGCCUACACUUCGCCCACAGGCUGGCUCUAAAGAGGGUCCUCUGAAAACGGACCAGAGCUUCUAUAUUGUUGAUGCGCCUUUCCCAACACUUCUAACGAAGGCGGACGUGGCAGCUGGCCAGGAUGGUAGCGGAAAAGGUGGCGUUUGGGAGGUUGACACUUUAGCAGCCGCCAUCAAGCAAAUUCCCGGUGUUUUGGAUGUUGGUAUCUUCUCUGGUCUGACUGGUCCUCAAGCCCAGGCAUCAGGGGGCAUCGGGGGCCAAAGGCCGAUUGCUGCUUACUUUGGAAUGCCCGACGGCAGUGUGUCGGUCCGGAAGGCGCUUCUUUGA